GCCCCGCGCAGCAGCGUUCACGGCGAUUCUUACCGGAUCCGUUUGAUUUCUGGCAGGUUCGGCAGUGCUGAGCGGCUGUCGGCGGCACUGCGGACCGGAUCAAACGGAUCAAACGUAAAUAAACGGCAGGUGCCGGUGAUGCGCUGAAGCCCCGCCCCUCCCGCCGCUGGCACCGUAAAUGUUAUUUAUGAAUGCCCGCCGUUCACGGGCGUGUGCGCGUGCAGCCUCCGUUAUUAUGAUGUUUUAAGAACCGGGAGACGGAGACGCCGAUCACGGCCGAUGUGCGGGUCUGUCCCGGAGCCUGCGGUGCCCGCUCCGUGCGGUUAGAGCCUCGCUUUGGUCGGGUCGGUGCUGACAGCGGCGGGCGGAGUAAUAAUACUGGGUCAGUACACCGAGCACCGAGCUGUCUGCCGGCCCGCUGCACCCACGGAGCCGCCUCACCCCAUCACCCGACAAGGUGUGUUGCCGGGGCAACAGCUGACAAAUGAUGCCCUUGUGAGAGUGGGCGGGGCUACGUGGCCCUGAGGCGGUAAGGAGGAGUCUCACCCCCAAGCUCCCCCCCCCUCGUCCUGCAACGGACCAAACGGACGGACACACAGACGGCCAGAACUCUCCCCUCCCUCCUCUUCCUCCCCCCCUCUCCCCCCCGUUCUCUCCCCCUCCUGGCCCCUCCUCCUCCCUGCCGCCCUCCCCCGUCUCCCCGCUCGUCCCCUGCCACCAUGCUGUGGUCACGCUGCUGGUGGAGAGCCUGAGGAAGCAGACUCUGGAAGGUGACCCUGCUCAGCCAGGGGACUUCUACCUGCUCACUGGCCUCCAACAGGAGGUGAAGCUCUCUGCAGUUCUCCAGUCCCUGCUGGACCCGAAAACCCUCGCAGAGUGCUGGCCCCCAGAUGGCUUGAUGCCUGAGAGCAGCUACUGGCAGCUCUGCCCUCCCUCCAAGUCCGGCCUGCAGGGGGGGUUGCUGAGCUCUAGUUUCCCACCUGGCCCCUCGGCGCUGGUGCCACCUGAUGCUCACUUGCAGGAUGGGGGCGACCCCCUGGACGGGGCCACCUCUCAGCCACCGCAACAGCACCGCCCCCUGGCGCCCAGCACUUCAGCAUCCGAACUGUCCUUACCUGGAGCGCCGGUCCCCCCUCCUGGCCCCGGGCCCCCUCCCCCUCCUCCUCCACCCCCUAAACGACACUGCCGCUCGCUGUCGGUGCCCGAGGACCUGUCGCGUUGCCGCUACACGUGGCGGCCCAGCGCCUCACGGGUCUGGACUCCUGUCAGCCGCCAACAGUGCCACGGGGGAGCAGGGGGAGGGGUGUCGGGUGGUGGGGUGGUGGGAGGGGGUGUAGGGGUGGGAGCAGCAGGGGGCGGAGCCUGUCCUCUCCGCGCUCCCAGCUCCUCCCUGAACUCGUCGCUUCACUCCUCGUCCAGCCCCACCUUCUUCAGCCUGGCGCUGUCACCGGACUCGCCACUACCUUGGAGCUUCCCCUGGGACCCCAGCGAGGCGGCGGCGGGGGGAGGAGCCUGCUGCUGCUUCUUCCCCUCCCCCUCUUCUUGCUCCUCCUCUCCCUCUCCGCUCCACCCGCCCCCACCUCCUCAGCGGCGUUUCUCCCUUUCGCCAGUGCUCAUCAGAGACUCUGCUGCCUCCACUUUCCUGCCCCCGCCCCCAGUGCCCAGCCAAGCAGCAGCAGCGCCUCCACCCAGCUGUGUCACAGCAGCGGCAGGCGUGACCGCGGGGGGCCCGGUUCCUGCCUCACCCUCCUCAGCCUGCAGCACGCCGUCGUCCCUGCGCCGCAGCCUCCCGCCGCAGCUGCCGCGCUGCCACUCGCAGCCCUGUGACCUGCUGCUCCUCAAACCGGGUCUGAAGAGACGCCGCGACCCCGACAGACCCUGCGCCCGGCCCGUCCUUGACUUCACCAAGAUGACACAGACGCGCAGCAUCGACCCGCAGUGUCUGGAGCGCGGCGGCAGGCUGGCCUGCGGCGGUGACCUCUGCAUGGGAAUGGAGCCGUUCAUGGGCGACUUUCGGGGCUCCUGCUCGCCAGCUGAGUGCUUGGGCAGGACCAGCAUUGGGCCGCUGAGUGAGAGCGACGAGGAGUGCCGCGAGGACGACGAUGACGACGACGAUGGGGAGGAGGAAGCAGACGAGCGUGAGGCGGCGCAGCAGGCGGUGUUCGAGCGGGACUGUACAGAGCUGGACUUGAACUUAAUAGAAGAAAACUGACGUAUUUGUAAAUGAAGGCUGUUCUCUGUUUUUUAGUUUUAUUUUGAAAUUAUCUAACCUCCCUCCCCCGAAUCCCCACUUCCUGGACCGCCACCGUCUCAACACUUGGCGCCUCCUUGCCACCAAUCAGCAAGGCUCUCAGGAACAACACCUUCUCUCAUUGGAUGAGCUGAUCGACACGACAGUGAUGAUGUGGCUGCCGCCGUUAAACACUCACCUGGACUUUGAGGCGAGGCGUACCUGGUGCCGCCAUUUGACGCCUUCAGACAUCUGAGGCCCAGAGUCUCCUCGCCUCAGACCCUCCAGGUGUCUUCCAGCACUCGAAUGCUGAGUCUGUGACGAGGCGUUUGCCCUCCGCGCCGCAGCAGCGUCCUGAAAUGGCAUCACCACACCGGCCUGACCCCAAACCAGAGAGGAACACAAAGUUCACUUCCUGAAAUGUUUCCAGAAUAUGAAACCUGUCAGGUUACGUCCAAAAAAUGAAAAUACACGUGAAGCACUGCAGCAAAAGAUGUCUAAUCUGCACUCGCGGUCAAAGAACUUCUUACUUUAAACAGGAAACAGUUUAAAUAAUGUUUCCUGAUCUCAGGCUAACAGCUGGAAACAGUUUUUGAUCUCAGAAUAAAAAAUGCUCAAAAAAAAUUACAGAGAUGCAGAGGAAACAUGGAUGGAUCAUUAUCAAUAAAUGAACGAAGACAAACAGAACAUACAAUAAAAAUAGAAUAAAUUAUAAUGAUCAGAUAAGUUUAAUUAUUAAUAAAUCUACCAGGAACGCUCUCACAGAGCAGCAGCUCUGCUCACAGGGAGGACUUCAUCCUCCAGUCACACACCUGCCAAUCACCUGCUGGGCUAACAGACAGUAAUCCAACAUUAGCAUUUUAAAUUGACUUUCAGUUGUUAAAUAAAACCUUUCAACUGUGGAGCAGCAUGAACUCGUGGUCUCAUGAAGUCCAGUGAUUGCCCAGAAUAAAUGCUCCCCAGCCUGGGUUAAACCUGUUCUGCUUCAAAUGAGAGGCUGAGUGUUAAAAAGUGUGAAAGCUGCCCGAGCAGCAGGAAGGUCUUCACACCUGAGCGCAGGUGUGUUUCACAGAGAAGCUACUGAAACGCUGCAGUCCUUCCUUUAAUGUGAGGCGCCGCCGUUUAAACUCUAAAAGUCUGAAAUUGAACCUAAAGUUCAAGAAUCUGAGGUCCACACACACCUGUACCCUGUGAAAGUCAUGUGACCUUGGUGUGGUGAUGCGUUCAGGCUGCUCUGCGGCAGCAACCUGGCGGGCCGUGCUGAAGGCCGGCAGCUACUGAUGCUGUCGUUCACCUGAGUGUUCGCACAUUCCUGCUGCACACACCUGUCCCUGAAAACACUGACCCCCGCGUGUGUGUAUAUGUGUGUGUUUGUGUUCUGGCACUGAUGUCACGACCCUGGUGGUCAUGUGACUUGUAUCCAGAUUGAAUCCAGACAGUUUCAACCCCUAAAACUUCUCCUGUAAAUGUGACAGAAGCAGGAUGGAGCUGAGCUGAAGAACAAACUAAUAAAUGAUCAGAGAAAUAUGAA